CGCGUUGUUGAUUCUUGGACGCGUUUUAGUAGGCCUUCUUCACUUAACACCGUCCUCCCGCUGCUGUCGACAACGUCCUCGAUGGCUACGAGGAGACAAACCACUUCCCGCCCAAGGGCUCCUAUAAUAAACACAAAAUCCCAAUUUUCCAUGUCAAAGCCUAAGCCUGCCCUGUCUACAAUUAUGUCACCCACAGACGAGCGCCCAGAGCACACACUUGCGAUCUCAUCAUCCUUGAAGGGCUCUAAGUUCCAUGGUCAGGACGACUCGGAGACUCACAUCCACGUUGCAAUUCGCUGCCGUAGACGUUCUGAUCGCGAAAUCCAGGAGAACUCCCCCAUUAUCGUCAGUUCCAACGGGGCAAAGAGUCAGGAAGUCACCAUCGAGACCUCUACGCCUGUCUCUAGCCUAGGCGUUAUUACCCUGGCCCCUACAAGAACAUAUCCAUUCGAUCUCGUCUUUGGCCCAGAAGCAGAUCAAGCUACGAUUUACCAUGAGGUUGUUAGCCCCAUGUUAGACGAAGUCCUCACGGGCUACAACUGUACUCUGUUUGCAUAUGGACAAACAGGAACUGGAAAAACUUACACUAUGCAAGGUGACCUGACGCCCACGCCGAUGGGAAAUCCAUCUUCCCAAGCAGGCAUGAUACCGAGGGUCCUUUUCCGGUUGUUCCACCAACUUGAGACAUCUGCUAUUGACUACAGUGUUAAGAUAUCCUUCGUCGAGCUUUACAACGAGGAGCUUCGAGACUUGCUCGCCAGCGAAAUGUCCGCUCCUGCAGGAUCCACGCAGCCUAUGGGAAAAGGUGGCCCCGCCGACAAUCAAGCUGGCCUCAAAAUAUUUGAUGACGCUAGCAAGAAAGGUGUUUUUAUUCAGGGUCUCGAAGAGAUACCUGUCAAAGACGCUGCAGAUGCACUUGCCCUCCUCACAAAAGGUAGCCAUCGUCGCCAGAUUGCAGCUACCAAAUUCAACGACCACUCUAGUCGUUCGCACUCCGUAUUCGCAAUCACUAUUCAUACUAAGGAGACGUCCUCCAUGGGAGAUGACCUCCUAAAGGUUGGGAAGUUCAACCUCGUCGAUCUUGCAGGCUCGGAGAACAUCGGACGCUCUGGAGCAGAGAACAAGAGGGCCCGAGAAGCAGGCAUGAUUAACCAAAGCUUGCUGACUCUGGGCCGUGUUAUAAACGCCCUCGUCGAGCGUUCGACACAUGUCCCUUAUCGGGAGUCCAAACUCACCCGUCUCUUACAAGACUCACUUGGUGGCCGUACAAAGACGUAUAUCAUCGCCACAAUCUCUCCUGCUCGUUCCAACAUGGAAGAGACCCUCUCUACGCUCGAUUAUGCCAUCCGCGCGAAGUCCAUCCGCAACAAGCCGGAGAUCAACCAGCGGAUGACACGAAACUCUUUGCUCAAAGAAUACGUGGCCGAGAUCGAACGUCUCAAGGCCGACGUCCUGGCCGCACGCGAGAAGAACGGCAUCUUCUUUUCCGAAGAGACGUGGAAUCAGCUCACUGUGGAACAGGAGCUCAGGCAGACAGAGAUGGAGGAGGCUAAAAAGCAAGUGGAGAUUGGAGAGAGCCAGUUGAGGAGCGUCAGGGAAGAAUUUGAGCAAAGCAUCGCUUUGUUGAUGAAGACGGAUGGGGAGUUGAAACAGGUGAAGGAACAACUAAAAGAAGCUGAAGGAGAGCUAGAAGUCAGGGAGGGUCAACUGAAGAUAGCGAAAGGUGCUCUUGAGGAGGAGAUUGUCGUGCGUCAGGCGUACCAGAUCAAUGAAGAAAAGCUGGAUGGGGUAGCCUUGGGAUUGAAGCAGGUUGCCGCGGAAAGCAUCGACGACAUUGGCGCACUUUUUGAGAAACUUCAACGGAGGAACAAGACGUUCACGUCAAACAUCAAAGCUGUAUCCUGUCAUGGACGGUCCAUCUCUUCCGAAGUGCAGUCGCUCUCGACGAAACUGGAGGACUUCAUGAAGACCGCAGGGCACAGCACGCAGAUGCUACGCACGGAAGCAAAACAGUUCCAGACGAAGGAAUUGGAGGUCCUUGCAAGUCACUCUGAGCGUAUUGACCAGCAACUCCAGCGCAUUCAAGACUCCCUUCGGAUCAUCAACACGAAGGAUGAUGCCUCCACAGAGGCUCUUACAGCUAUGCAGAAUGCUGUCAAGGAAUCGCAAGAGACCAUGAAGAGUUCAUUUAGUGCCUGGUCCGAUAGCUUACGAACUACAUCCCAAACGAUGUACAAGGAGUUGUAUGCUGCAAAUCAAAGUAACUUCUCAUCGUUAGAGAAUGUUUUGAAGGCUAUGGGGACACUCCUCGACUCCGCUGUUACUCAAGGGAUCGAAUUGGUCAAGGCCGAUGGAGAAUCAGCCUUACAGGCCAAGUCCCUUGUGGAUGACAUGUCAAAAGCGGAGAACACGGCACUCCAGGAGCAGAACGCACUUCUUGUUCGGAUGAUAGAAGCAGAGAAGGUGAAAUCUGCGAAGGCCAGCGAGGCGCUCGUUCAACGCAUAUCAGGUCUACUUGGGGAGUUCGUAGCUUCCCGUGAUCGCGAGCUGCGAGAAGCAUGUAGCACUGUUGUCAGCGCCAACGCCAAACACGAAGAGGAAUUCAACGAGUUUGGCCAGCGUCACGAUAAAUUGAUGAACGAAGUGGUCGUACGUGGCUCGGAAGCCAUGACCUCGUUUGAGCGGAGAGGUACAGAAGGAAAGAGGACGCGGGAUGGCGCUCUCAAGACCGUCGGAUCUUUGCAAGGAGCCCUCAAGGACGGUUUGUUGGCUACGCAUAAUUCAAUCACAGCAGCCACUAUAACUUAUACUGGUGAACUGCAAAGACAAAGCCAGACCCUCCAAACCUCCUUUGGCACAGGUCUUGAUCGUCAUGACCGUGCUAAGAGAGCACGUAUCGAGAGUACCAAUGGCUUGACGACUGAUAUACAAUCCGAGUUACGGUACCUCCAGCGAGGUAUUACUUCCAGCUCAAGAAACGUUGAAGGCUUCAGUGGUCGUGUGGUUUCAGAGAGCUCAAACUUAUCGGACACAAUUGAAAAGCAUGGCAAUAAUACGACUUCGAGGCUCACCUCACUGCACCAAACAGCCCGGUCACUACUUGAUCAAGGUACCCGUGAGGACAUUCCGACUGGCAUGACACCGCGAAAACGGGCAUGGGAAUACGUGGAUGAGUGGGAGCUGACAGAGAGUCGGGAUGCGAUCCUCCAGUCGCGGAGACAAGGGGAGCCAUCAAAACAUGCUUCCGAACCUCCCCCUUUGCAGCACCCGCAAUCUCCUGUAGAAACCGUGCCAGAGCAAAUGAAAGUCGACACACCAAUCAACGAGUGGUCAGACGAACCACAAGCUCCAGUCCCACCCUCACCUCCUGCAGUCUCGUUGUCAUCUUUAACUUCUUCCACUGCCACGCUCACUGAAAUACCCAUCGCGCCUCCUGCAAUUUCCAAAGUCUUAAAGAAACCUGCUACUCUGAAAUCCGGACUGCCGACGAUGGGGGCGUUGGUAGAUAGACCGCCAAAUACCCUUCGGAAUCCGUCCAGACGACUCAGAUAGCCACGGAUCAGGCAUUAUAUCAUUAUUCAUUCAUUAUACUUGCCAUGCUCCAAUAGUCCACGCAUUUCUACCAUUGAUAUCACGCAUUUGCUCAUUAUGCUACGGUAGUCCUGCAGGAGUCCGUGCAGUUCUACGUUAUCCAUCAAGAUUCAAGAUUCAAUACGUACCACGAACUUCCUUUCGCCGGUACUUGCAUGCUACAAGAAGGCUGCGAGACUAAAGAAGAGCAAGGCAUUUCAUACUUUUGCAAGGAUAGCCUGUUGCGAAGCACUGCCUCAAUGUCACCGCCAUUGGGACAUAUGGAUGUACUGUUAUGUUGAACAUCUUUUGUUAUAAGGAGUGCAGAUCAGUAGUAACUUAGGCCAUAUGUCAAGCAUCGAGAAGCUCGUUGGGCUACUGUACAUGUGUAUGAAGGCUAUAGUGUCUCCAAGGUCACCCUGAUCAGGAAGACGGGC